AUGGAAAUAGCAAAUCACACAACCACAGUGACUUUUUUUGUCCUCUUGGGAUUCUCAUACAACCCACCGGUCCAGAUUUUCCUCUUCUUGGUGUUCUUCUGUAUCUAUGCUGCAACUCUGAUGGGGAAUAUGAUGAUCAUAGUGGUAAUAAGGGGCAACAGUCACCUCUACAGCCCCAUGUACUUCUUCUUAAGCCACCUGGCUUUCCUUGACAUCUGCUUUUCUUCUGUCACUGUGCCAAAGUUAUUAAUGAUUUUCUGUGCAAGCCAGGUCAUUUCAUAUCAUGGUUGCUUGACUCAAACAUUUUUUUUCCUUCUUACAGGAAGCGCUGAAGCAUAUAUACUAGCAGUAAUGGCAUAUGACCGAUAUGCUGCCAUAUGCAAGCCCCUGCAUUAUGUACUAAUCAUGAACAGAGUAUUUUGUAGAUGGCUAGUGGUUGGUGCAUGGACAAUUAGUUUUGUAUAUGCCAUGGUAAAUAUUUUACCCAUAUUGAAGCUAGUGUUCUGUGGAUCAAACAUUAUCAACCAUUUCAGUUGUGAAUUUCCAACUGUACUUGCCUUAUCUUGCACAGAAACAUCCCCAAAUAUCAUGGCAUUCCUCAUAACUUUUGGUGCAGUAGCGACUUCUUCAUUGCUUGUUAUUCUUGUGUCCUAUAUCCACAUCAUCUCAACUAUCCUGAAGAUUCAUUCCGGAGAAGCUAAAAGAAAAACUUUCUCUACUUGCAGUUCACACAUCAUUGUUGUGGUUUUGUACUAUGGCUCUGGUUGCUUUAGGUAUAUGAGACCCAACAGUGCUUCCUCAAUGGUUGUGGAUAACCUCUUUUCCAUCCAAUAUAGCAUUUUUACCCCCAUAUUGAACCCCAUUAUCUAUAGCUUGAAAACCAGGGAAGUGAAGGAAGCCAUCAAGAAAUUAAUGGGGUGCAAAGCAUCGACUUCUCAUGUUAUGUAA